UUUCCUGGCAAAUAUUUUCCCUCCUUAUCCCCGAUGAAAGAAGGGAAGAUUGAGCCGAUUGGAAGCAGAGAAGCAGGUAGACUGAUUCCCCGCGGCCAUGGCACCGAGCUCGCAGCCCAGCGACGGAACUCAGAGUUCAGCAAAAUCUGUAGCUGUUGUCGGUGCAGGUAUUAGUGGGCUUGUAGCUGCAUAUCAACUUAAGUUGCAUGGUUUGAGGGUGACUCUGUUUGAAUCUAAUCAGCAUCCUGGAGGCAAAAUCAGAACUAAUUCAGAGAAUGGUAUUGUAUGGGAGGAAGGAGCAAAUACAAUGACAGAAAGUGAUGAUGCAGUUGGAAGAUUGCUUGAUGGCCUAUGUUUACGAGAAAAACAACAAUUUCCAAUCUCUCAGAACAAGCGCUACAUUGUGAAAAAUGGAAAACCUGAACUGAUUCCAUCAAAUCCUUUGGCACUGAUCCAGAGCAAAUUCCUUUCGUCAAAGUCAAAGUUGCAAAUAUUGAUGGAGCCAUUCCUCAUGGGAAGAUCUGACAGGAAAACGAAUCCUUCUGAAAUGCCUGGUCAAGACUUGUCAGAAAGUGUGGGGAUGUUCUUCAAACGCCACUUUGGACAGGAGGUUGUCGAUUACUUGAUUGACCCUUUUGUAGCUGGGACUAGUGGUGGAGAUCCUGAAUCAUUAUCUAUGCAUCUUGCAUUUCCUGAGAUAUUUCAGCUGGAGAAAAUGUAUGGUUCCAUCAUACUUGGGUUUAUCAAAUCAAAAAUUUCAAAAAGAGGUGUCGAGAAAGGUGAACAAAGUGCUUCAAGAGGAAAAAGCAAACACUCGAAGGGUUCAUUUUCAUUUCAAGGUGGUUUGCAGGUUUUGACUGACAAACUGUGCACUGAGCUGACAAAUUGUAGUUUGAAACUCCAUUCUGAGGUCUUGUCAUUAUCUUAUAACAUUGAAGAAGGCUCUCCAACUAAUAGCUGGUUGGUUUCUUAUACAAGUCAACCUGCCAAUGAUAAAAAUCCACUGCAGGACCAAACCUUUGAUGCUGUUGUGAUGACUGCUCCACUUUGCAGUGUUCAACAGAUGCAAAUUGAAAAGAUGGGAAGGCCAUUUUUGCUGGAUUUUCUUCCAAAGGCAAGUAUUUUCUUUGUGUGGACAUUAAGUUCAUAUCCUUUCAAAUGCUUUGUUGCUUUUGCUUCUAUUCUUUUUGCGAGCUCCAAAUUUCUGAUGAUAGACCUAUGAUCUUCCAGUUUCCUAUAUUGGACCUAAAUGUUGUCUUCAACUUUAUAGACUCCUUUUGGAUUGCAUUGGAAGCACUAAUGCUAGUUUUCAGCUUUGUUCAUGUAAUUCUCGAAAUAAGUUUCUUAGCAAGCAGGCUUUUGUAUUCUGUCUAUGCAUUAUCUUGUCUCAUGAUCAAACAUGAACUAUUUAAGAGUUUUCUGGCUUUUUUGUGACUAUGAUUAAGAUUAGUGUUUAUAAAUAUAGUAGAAUGUUUUUAUUUUGUUUAAAAUAUGUUUUAACAGAAUAAUUAAGAGGUCUUUUUGUCCCUGACCUAAGUAGUCUGGGAUACGUGAGAGGCACAAAAACAGCCCAGUAAUGGAGAUGGAGGCACUGAAGGCCAGGCAUUGAACUUCCAAGAGGGAGCUGUCUAUUGCAAAAGCGCCCAUGAUUAGGCAUAAAAACAGCCACAAAUGUUUGCACUCCAAGCCAAUCACCAGAAGUUCUCAAAUAAUGUGCACUAGAGCACAACUUACAUGAUGAAACAUAUAAAUAUUUACUGAAAAGGCUUGCAAAGCCAUUGAAGUUCAAGUGGGGCCAUCCAUAUAUAGGUCGCAACCCCUUUUUCAGGUGAAUCAAUAAAACGAGUUGUUUAGUAAGACAACCUUAAGUUAAUGGAAAGAAAAAACUUGUUACUUCCUACCAUCAUGACUUGUAGCAGUUUUGAAAUGCUUGUGCUUAAUUAUGGUUUUGCUUUGACCAAUGCCUGCUUACAUGGUUGGGUGGGGGAAGAAAUUUUAAGUAGCCUGUAUAAUCAUGGGUUUGUUUAUGUUCCAGGUAGAUUAUGUUCCUCUAUCAGUUAUAGUUACCACUUUUAAGAAGGAGAAUGUGAAAUUUCCUCUUGAAGGAUUUGGGGUCCUAGUUCCUACUAAGGAGCAGGAGAAUGGUCUAAAAACACUUGGUACAAUCUUUUCUUCAAUGAUGUUCCCUGAUAGGGCCCCCAGUGAUCAAUAUCUGUAUACUACUUUUAUUGGUGGGACUCGAAACAGAGAUCUUGCAGGCGCUUCACUGGAUGAGUUACAACAUGUAGUUUCUUCAGAUCUUCAAAAGUUGUUGGGUGUAGAGGGUCAGCCUGCUUCAAUUAGGCAUGUCUACUGGAAGGAUGCUUUUCCGCUCUAUGGUCAUGAUUAUGAUCGAGUUAUUGAAGCUAUAAAAAAGAUGGAAGAAGGUCUUCCAGGAUUUUUCUAUGCAGGUAACCACAGGGGCGGACUUUCUGUUGGCAACGCCAUUUCUUCAGGAUUCAAGGCAGCAGACCUUGUCAUAGCAUAUUUGAACUCCCAACAUGGCAAAACCCCCGAUCAUUUUGAAUCUGAAAAGUGAAAUAUUAUGAGUGCUGUCUUGCAAUUAGUUUUGGGCGUUACACUAAUGAAAUUGUUUUUUGUUAAACAAGAAAUUGUCAUGUUUCUUUCAUUGACUUCUUUGUUUUCCUUCUGUUGUACCAUUUGACAAUGUUUUAUACUGAGUUUGAUUUGUUUCCGAACAGCACUGCAAUUCUGUAAUUUGCAAUAUGUGGGCCAUAAUAAUUUUUACUUUCCCA